AUGGCGGACUGUGAUGAAAAUUCAGGCACAGAAAUCGAGAUUUUCCUCCGAUCUAUCCCGGAGGUCAACAGCUUUCUAUCUAGCGAAGACGGUCGCAAACCGCAGCGAGAUGAGAUUUUCAGGAGUAUCCAGAAGAAGAUCGCACAGCAUGUGUCCGCAACAAAACUUAAAGAAGACGAUUGGAUCUCCCAGCUGGCAGAACUAGACCUUGAUGAUACUUCAACAGAUGACGAAACCAGCUCGAUAGCUAGACUUCUAACCCGCUAUGUCCUCAACCGCCCUUGGGUUUUUCACCCAUGGUUGGUCCAGCAGACAUUCGAGAAUCGUGAUGACAAUUCUGAUUAUGGGGCUGAAAUGACGACGUCUGAGUUCCCCAUGCCCAACUCAAGGCAUAGAUCUGUGGCGGCUUCUGACGAUCUGGCCAACUUGGUUACACAUAAUGUGGCUAAAUUGCAUGAUUUGACAUUGAAUGUGAAGACGGGCAACUUUCUGGAAAGCUUUGGCAACAAGUCCAAGAUUCUAGCCCGUUCAGAUGCCAUGCUUGGCUUGGCAGGCUUUUCUCCAUUGAUCGAUAAGUGUGCAUUGCAGGACGAAGCUGCAUGGUCUGAGGCACAAUCGGCUACAACCAUAGAAUACGAUUUUGUCGAUCAAUACCACAAGCACAUUCGAUUUUCUGGGACCAAAGGAAGGCAGUGCGCAGCAAUCUCAUUUUUUCAACAUGAUAAAUCCAAUCGUGGUGAUUCAGAGGAUACGAUGAUCCGUGCUAAAUCGCUAGUGGACCAUGGCAUGAUAAAUCUCAUGUCACAUCUCAAUACUCUUCCGGACGAUGUAGCUCCUUUUACUCAACUGUUAUUCAUUCGCCAAGUCUCCUCCACAGCCGAAAACGGAACAGACAGAGACAGCCAUUACACUGAGAUUGCUUCAAUACAAGUAAAGGAAAUCAAUGAUUUCUUUGAUGCAUAUGCAAAGUCCAGACAUAUAUUUGACCAGCGCCUUGAAGCCUCAGAGAAUGAAGAUCAUAGCCUAUUUACGAGACUUUGGACCGUCGCGGCAAGUCAGAUCUUGGGCGUUGUGUAUCCGAUAUUAUUGGUUUUCACGGCAGGGAGCGUUCUCUUUUCAUUUGUUUCUUCGUUUUUGUACCGACAGUCAGAUCUUGCUCUUCUGCAGAAACUAUCACCACUAAUGAAAUCCUUGGAACCCUUGCUUGAAGCCCUCGGAAUUGAUCGCUUCGACCACGACAAGAUUUCAGAAUCAGCACAGUUUGAAGUUUUACACCUCACCUCUUUGGUAGUGCAAGCUCUCACUCUAAUACUCCAAUCAUAUUUACGAGGCUCAGAGACGCCAUUUUGUUUUGAAUUCUUAACGACUCCCAUCUCAGACUUCAUCCUUGAAGGUUCACACCCAAGUCCAGAUGCUUUAAAGCUGUAUGCAGGCUCACAAAAGCUUUCUUGUUUGGGUGAUAUGCUUCAGAAAGAGGUGCUAGCUUUCGGAUCACAAAAGUCGCUUUUCCAAAAUCGAUUGGAUGUUAUUGCAACACCAGAGCAAGUGGCUGCUAUGUGGGGACCAGCGGAAUUCAUUUUCAAAGACCCUUCAACGAAAGAGGCAGAACAGACGACCCAGAAAGAUUUAGCUAUAUUCGAGGAAACCGAUAUCUUUGGCAUAAGAAUCCAAAACGGAUUCAUCCUACCAAGUGACGAAAGUGUUGAUGGAAUACCGAAAUGGCAUUGGGAGUCGCUGAAUCAGAAUGAUGAAAAUGACAUAUCUCACAUAUCCAGAGGGAAUGCCAGCAUCGACCGUCAUAUCCGAGUCAGAAUUGGAGGAACGAAUAGUCUUCGUCUGACGCCAAUCGGGCCAUCCUAUUUGAAUAAGAGUUGCCCUCGAAGUGCCGGUCUUUGCUCCGAGAAACGGCUAGGAUCAAGUUUCCAGGUACUUGGAGUUAGCGACCCUCAAUGGAAGAUGGAAGACUUCAACCUUGGGCUACAAGCAGGUCAAAUCGUGAAUGUUGUCACAGAAGCAACAUUCAUCAGGGUGCCGGGAAGAACUGUUAAGGAAGCGGUGCUGAAUUCAGUCGGAUUCUUCGAAUUUCAGAUAGCUGAAUUCGAUCAGAUGUGGGGCUUGUUCGUCAGCCUCUGCACCGGAGUGAUGACCCGCGUCAGACUCCGCGAGAUAGUCGCUUUCAUCUGCCUUCAUGUGCCUCGUCAAGUCCCAGUAAUGCCUGGGAAAACCCGCGAAGCUUCAUUACAUGCAUUUCUUCAAGUCUUGAGCGGAGAAGAAAGUCUGACGACCUGGGUCGAAUCUCUGGCUCAGGAGUUCGAACAGAAUAUCCCAGGUACAGGUGAUUACCUAAGAAUUUUGCAAGAACAAGUAUUGUCUUUGUUUAAGAAUGUGAUGGCCAUGCUCAAAGAAACAGGUGUAUCCAGAAACGGAGAUUUACACCUAGCUUUCAUCACUCAACGGCUUGAAAUACAAAUGCUGGCUUUGUCUGCCGAAGACCAUCCGUGGACCAAAGUGUUGAGCGACUCGUCUUUGACCGCGACCUUUGCAUGUGUAUCUCCAUAUUGCUUUCAGACUAUGGGUCACAUGUGUCAGAAAGAUCAAUGGAGGAUGCCGGACAAGUGCCGGUUGGCAACAAAAUUGAAUGCCUAUACUCACCAUCUGCAGUGGGCAGCAGACCCAACGGAUGUCCUCAAGGUCGGGAAAAGCUACUGCAUCAAUGCUCGUCACUUGAAUAUGCUGGCAAAAGUGGACGGAUUUGUGACUUCUUUCGGAGAACAUCCGUUCUACUCCAUUUCAACCAAAAAAAGUCUUGUUCCUUUAUCAAUCAGCCAGCAUAUUCGAAAGAGAGCCGACCUGCGAGAAGAAAACUCAGAGACUGCUGUUAAAUGCAUCAUCAGUGGAUAUGCCGAUUAG